UUCAGGACACUUGAGUGGAAAUUGCAGCCUGUGAAGCUUACAGUCUGAUCGCAGAGCACCAUGAAUUUAAACAACUUUGUGGUUCUUCCCAGCAAGCCGAAGUCAAUGAAGUUAAAUGUCAGGAAUCUUCGGGAGCUUCGUAUGGAAAAGUUGCAGCUGGAUCAGCAGACCAAAGACAUGGAGAGCAAGCUGGAGGAGCUGAGAGAGCGUAUGAGUCAAGAGAAAGAGGAGAGAGAGAAAACAGGCGCAUCCCGCUGGCGUUCCGCUCAGCCCAAAGUUCUGGCCCCAGCGUUCCACAACGCCAAGACUAACAAGGAGAAUGCAACUCAAAGACUCUCUCCAGGCAAGAUGAAGAUUAGAGUGCUGAAGGAUGAGCCUUUGCCAGUUGUACAAAAGCAGGUGGUGGGACAACCGGCUGUCAAAACACAGGGUGCAGACAGAAAACUCAGACUGAAGGGUAAAGUCUGUGGACAGUGUGAAGUUCAGCUGGCCGGACUGAUGUGCUCAGAAUGUGGAGAGGAUUACUGCGUAGGCUGUUUCGUCAGAUUCCACCAGAGGGGGGCACUGCAGCGCCAUCGAAUGAUACCCAUACAGGCACAGCUCCAGACCCCUGUCACCACUCGGGAUGUUUUGGAUCGUGUCCAUCAGCAGGCAUCACGUGAGCAGAACGGAACUAUUCCCAAAUUUGCUGAUGAGAGAGAGACACCAGUGACCAAGAACAUACAGCCCGUGUCUGAUGUCCAAACCCAACAGUUUUCUGUAUCAUCGCCUCAGGUGUUGUUUGUGAAUGACGGAGUUGACGUUGACAAUGAGGAGGGCGGUGAGGAGGACGACAGCUCUCUGUUGAAAGGAUACUUUGAUGAAGAAGAGUCAGCCAGGUCUUUCCAGGAAGCUCUGAAUGAGUGGAGAGAGAAAGGGCAGACAGGAGACACAUUCAGACCCAGACCAGUGUCUGCAAUGGAAACACAGACAGAGAAGAGACUUCAGCAGUUUAUCCAUCUGGAUUUCAAAGAGGACACUCUAAGCUACAUGGAGAAACUUCUUCUAAAAAAAUCCCGCAGGGGUAAAAUUGAAGAAUUUCAGCAGCAGCUUGAUAGGCAGCAUCGGCCGGACCUGACAGCACCUCCACCUGCAGAGACAGAUGAACUCAGUCAAAAACUGACAGGUGUGUCCCUUUUCAUCACACACACCUACAGACUUCGGGUCUUCUUUGCCCUCUGAACAUAAACUGAUGAUAGAUGUUUACAUCCUCAAUUGUGAAUCCUCAAUUUCUUUAUAUGCUUUAAAAAGG